AUGGAGAUAAUGAUAGUAAAAGGAGAUAGAGAGGGUUCCUGCAUGAAGCAGUACCUUGCACUUGGGAAUUUGUACUUUAUCCAUGAGUCAAUUGAUGAUGUGAUGAUCUGGGAUUUUGUUGAUUGCAAAUUUGUACCUGUGCUUGGACGAGAGGUACUAUCAGGGAAUAUAGAGAAUGUUCAAAUUAAGGAGAAAGCCAAAUUUCCACAGGAUUUCUUCCCAGAUUUUAAAUGGUCAAGGAAAGGCUUUAUCAGAACAAGAUGGAACAUAAGAAAUUGUUUAUUUGAUCUUGUCAACAUUCAUCUAUUCCAUGAUGCAUCCAAUAUUAUUGCAAUGCAAUCAAGUCCCUCAGUAUACAGUAAUAACAGAAAAGCAGCACUCCUACAUACACUUCAGAGGUUUGAAAAGGACCAGUAUGAUAAAGUUCCCAUGUUCAUAUUCGGUGAUUUUAACUUCCGUCUAGAUGUUCACCAGCUAGUUUUGAGUUUGACCUCAAAAACCAAAACACACCAAACCAAAGGAAAGAAGGACCAAAUUGCCAAAAUAGUUUACUCAGAGGAAGGAAAUGGAAAGACUGUGCUGACAAUUGAGACUAAAGGUUUUGAUCACCAUGAUAAACAUGCAGAGGUUUUCUCAAAGAAAGCAAAAUAUUUGCGGCCCUAUGACAAGGAGAUCCAUUCCUACAAAGACAAACUGUAUGAGUUUGAUAUAUCUUUUGCACCAAGCUACCCAUUCUCAGAAGACAUCACAGAUGGUCUAUCAUAUAUGAAGACACGCUGUCCAUCAUGGUGUGACAGAAUCCUCAUGUCUAGUAGUGCCAAAAACAUUGUAGUCAAUGAAGACAAAUACCAGCCCCGAUAUGACAUCAUAGGAAAAGAAAUCUGUAUGGGGGAUCAUAAGCCAGUAUACCUGUAUCUACACAUCAAGAGAAGCCAAGGUAAUGGGCUGCCAGUGUGGGACAAAGCCACAUCCAAGAAACAACUUGUUAAGUCCCUCUCCAUCAAUGGCGAGGUGGUCGAUGUCGACCAUGUAGAGGAUAUUAACAUUCAUGACUUUGCUACAUUUGAAAAAGAGCAGCAUCUUUUACCAGAAUUCAAAAAUAGCAUUCGUCAAAAGCGUAACUCUGCCCCUGAACAAAGGUCAAAGGAUAAGUUAUUCCAACAGAUGGGCAGGAAGCCCUCAUUUCAAGAAAUAGCUAAAACCGUCCAUGCUGUUGAAAAAGUAUUGAUCCGUUGGCCUCGUAGGUCAAGAAGUCGCCAUCAUAGUUCAUCCUCAGAGGAUGAUUUAGAUGAGAAUGUUUCAUGCAGCGACAAGAAAAAGGGAAAGGUGGAUGAGGGUGAUAUUGCUGUAGAGUUAGGAGAGUCAUCCUCAGCAGGCAUUGGAGAUAUCGGCACAGACAAAUCGUCCAUCCAUACCACAACAUCAGAUAUAACCAAUACUGAUGAGUCCAAUCCUGUCACACCAGCAAAACAUACAGGGAGUCAGGCAGACCCGUCCUUCACGUCACAGGGGCACGGGUCUGCAGUGACAAUAGACAAAUCACUGCAUGAUCAAACUGUGUUGUCUUCUGUUGUGAAAACGCAUGUGCAUGAGGCUGAUGAGUGUGGCCCAAAAAAAGAGAGCCACAUCCCUUGCCCCACUUCCCUGGGCUCAGCAACAAUCCUGGUGAAAAAGAAGGGGUCCCCAAGGAAUUCUCCUCCCCAGUCCUCGACUGACCAAAGGUGCUCAUGCUGCGUCAUCUUGUGA